UUGACCGUGAACGAAAAAUAAAAAGAAAGAAAAAGAAAAAUGGAAAAAGCAGAGGAAGUACAAGAUGCGGAAGAGAAUAAAAACGCUGAGCAAGUUGAAGAAACCAAAGAGGUUGAAAAAGUUGAAAAUUCGGAACAAGAAGUAGCCGAACCGGUAAAUGAAGAAGACGAAGAAAAACUGGAAGGCGACGAGAGUAAAGAAGACGGCGAUGAAGGAGAAGAAGAAGAGAAUCCAGAAGAAUCGGAGGAAUAUGUAGAGCCUUGGCGAAGAGACGUGCGUAUGUUGCACAUUCGAUCGAUGGUGGAAAAGUUGGGAAAUAUCAAACCCGAUCAAUGGAUUCGUAUGAUUGACAAAAUUGAGAAUCGCGAACCAGUUUUCGAUUUUUUGGACAAGGUAGAGCACACAAAGCUACUAUUUCUUAAAAUUGGCGCAGCAAUGAUACCAUCGUUGAAUGGAUUCCCAACUGAUGUUGAAAUUUCGAAAGGAAAAUUCGUAUAUUUCCUACGGCGAUCGAAUCGUGAAGAAAUUACAGAAACGAACUACAAGCAAGCAAUGUUGGUUGGAUCAUGUUCAGACAAUCCGAUACGUGACUUUUCGAUUUAUGUGAACAAUGCAAUGGUGCCGCUGUUGAUGAACCCAAAGAACCAGGGAAACUGGCCACAAGUGCUAAAAGACGAAAUGCGGAAAAAGCUUCAAGAUUUAAGAAACAGUAUUACCGAAGCAAUGGGUGCGAUUAACGAUCGGACCGUGUUCCCGUUGCCCGUAACAUUGCCAGCUCUCAUGAGAAUCGCACCCGAAGUACUAGAGCGUGGCGACAUGAAGAAUUUUACGCCAGCCAUAAAGGAAUCAAUCGAGCAAAUUGUGUUGCGUUGGAGCCGCUCGGUCAAUGCAUACGUGGCACGUUCAUCGUACGACAUUUUCAAGACAAAAAAAUAUGCGACGCCCGACGAUGAGAUGGAAUUUUGGCGAGCACGGGUGGAUAAUUUGAAAAAUAUUUUCAAUCAAUUGCGAACGAAGGAAAUAAAAACGAUUGCUUUGAUCUUGGAAAAAGUCGAAUCGGCUUAUGUCAGCCAAAUGAAACGAAUUUUAUCGAGUGUGGCGUCGGCCUAUGAAGAAGCAUACGAUAUUGAUUUGUAUUUGAAACCGUUGCAAUACCAAUUGGACAAGAUGAGAUCCACCGAAUUCUCGGAUGCACACCAUUUCAUCGCACCGCUAUUGCACACCAUCGUCUUGAUUUGGUCAAAGUCCAAACACCUUUCGUCCAAUCAACGUAUUGUUCAUCUGUUCCAGUUGUUGCAUCACAAGCUAUUUGAAUAUGUGUGCGAUGCCUUGAAUCCAACAUCUAUUUUUGCUGGUGACAUUGCUGACACCCUUGAAAAAAUUGACAAAACGCUCAAAAAUUUAGCUUAUUACAAAGAAGUCUAUGUUCAAUAUCGGACAACUUUGGAUCAGUAUAAAGCGGCUGCCGAAAAUGCAGAGUAUUGGACAUUCGAUCCGGAUGAGAUAUUCGGCAAUUUUGAUGCGUUCGUGCAGCGAGUGGUCAAGACGAACGAAAUGCUUCAAUUGUUAUUUGAACUUAAGAAAAUGGAAGACACGGUUUUUGGUGGUCACACCGGCAAGCGUGUUACACAGACUGUGCAGAAAAUAGCAGACAGCGUGUCCAUUUUGACCGAUUCCCUGAAAGACAUCCAGUUCAAUGUGUUCGAUUUGGAUGAGACCGACAAUUUUGAGCGUUUAACGGUGAAAUUUGGAAAUGAAGUCACCGACUUUCAGCAAAGGCUAGCCAAAGAGUAUGCAACAUCAUUCGAUGAAUGCAACACCAUUUCGAAGUGUCUAAAAUUGACUGUGAAUCUUGGUAACACACUGCAAUUGCCGAUUGUAAUGCAAGAACUUUCGCCGAAAUUCGAAAGAAUCGCUAAAAUGUUGGAGAAAGAAGUUAUUGACGUCGAAGAGCUGUUCAAGACACAAUCACCGUUCUACAAAACAAAACCACUGGAAGAGCUGUUAAUUUGGAGCGCAAAGCUGAAAUCGCGACUUACAGAACACACCAGAUACAUGGACGCGCAACGUGUGAAGCUGUUCGAUAGUGACUUCGGCCACUAUACAAUUAUUCGAUACUCAAAAAUCUUGGAAGUAAUUGAAUCGUGGGAGAAAAAGCGUGCGAGAGAACAAAUUGACCAGUAUGAUCGUCAAACCGAAGAAAUUAUGAAAGAUUAUCUACUGCAUCGCAACAAAAAAGGCAAGCUGUCGAUAAACGUUCGGCCGCAACUCGAUUUAAUAUUUCAAGGCAUCAAUCGAUUGACUUUGAACGGUAUGCCUCUGGAGAAAGAUGCACUCAAAGAGCUGUGGAAACGACGAGACGAAUUGUGGAAUUUGAAGAUGAAAUUGUAUCGCAUCACCGAAUGGUAUAAUUUCACGCGAUUCGAUGUGCAUGCAGUGGAAAAACGCCUGAUUGAACCAAAUGCCGAUGCAAUCGAUCAACUGGUAGAAGACUUUCUAUCGAAAUUCACAUGGAAGACCUAUGACAAUACAGCUCUUAAUGAGUUGUUCAACACACUGGAGCAUCUGUACAAGAGGAUUGUUCGUGCACACGGCAACAUUGACAGAAUCAAGGCAAAAAUACACAGUUGGGGUGAUGUGCCAUUCUUCGAGCGCAUUCAAGAGAACGAUAACUAUUUACUGAACAUCCAAAAUCGCGAUAAAAUCGUCAAAAAACGAUACAAACAAUGCAUUGAGACGCAGGAACUCAUCGAAAAUGUUAUGCGUGAAAACUAUUGCCUGUUCCAGAAUAAAUUGGUGACGUUGACUUCGGACGGUGAUGUGGUUGUUGAACCGAACGUUCUCGAAUCACUCGAAAAAAGCGAAGAAGAGCAAAGAGCAUACAAACCCUACGAAGCGCAUAUCGAUCAAAUGGUUGGCGAAGAGGUUUUAGCAGCGGUUGUCAAGAGUUUGAAAUAUAUCUACGAUCAAAUACGUGAACCGUCGCCAUUGUUUGAGGUUUGUUUCUGUUUGGAUCGAGAGAAUCGAAAGUCCAUUUUCCAUCCCGAUUUGGAUGUCGAUGAAAAGGAGGGUUUUGUUUCCUUUGUCACAAGCCUGAUGGUUAACAUUUUCGGCAUGGCUGGUUUAAUAAAAAGAAUAACCAAUGAUCCGGAAUCGUCAACGGAUUUCACCAGUCUUCUCAAGGAUAAUCCCGUCAUCGAAGAAUAUCGCUUGGAUCUGGUGGUUCAAUCGAAAAAGUCGUCCAAAGACGCCAUAGCCAACUUCAAACAGUAUGAAAAGUUUUCGUUCCUUUGGAAAAUAGAGCAAAGCAAAUACUUGGAUGCAUUUUUGAAGUAUGGUCGCGAACUUACAGCAGAUGACUUGGCAAAAAUUGACGAUGAAUCUUUCAACGAAGAGCCGCAGAAACCAUCAUUGGAAGCCAUUGAACAUGAAAUUAAGCGACAUCGUGAUCUCGUGCCGCAAAUCGAACAGAUACCCGAAUUUGUUGACAUCGAACCAUGGUUCCGCCCGCCAGCUGCGAUAAGAGUGAACUCGAGAAAUUCCGAACGAUGCACAAUUUAA